GAAAUCGUCCCACUGGGGGAUGGAUCGCCAGUGUCCCCCGCUACCGAACUGAUGGCAGCCGUUAAGAAUGGGUGAGCUUCCUCGGCUGCGAGUUGCGAUGUGCUGCUGCGAUCCAGUCUAGGCAGAGCAAUUGAGCUUCACGAAGUUGCGCUUGUCAAGAUGAAGGGAUUCAGGAGCUUCAAUGCCCUCACGGCGCUGUCUCUGAGCGGAAUUGCGCUCGCAGCAGUGACCAAUUCGACAUCCUCUGGUAAAUCCGUUGCCCUCGACCUGACCUCCCUCUUCAACAACAAAGGAUUUGGUACCCAAUCCGGAGAGGCCGCAUUCGAUGCCCUCAACCAAUCCUACCCCGAGCCGUCUGUAGGCCCGGACUUUGUCUCAACCGACACUGGCAUCCAGUACAGCUUCCCGGGCUACACCGGCCCCACGGACCCCGACAAUCUCAUCUGCACCGGCCAAAAGAUCUCAGUGCCCCAAAACGGCUCUUACUUCUCCGCCUCAUUCCUCGUCGCGGGAGAUGUAGAGGGCGCCACCGUCAGCGGAAACGUCUCCUUCACCUAUGCCGAUAACACUACUUCCGAGUACGAGCUUCGCACACUCAACUGGUUCAGCUUCCUGGCGAUCAACCGCGGCGAGAUCAUCUUCCCCAGCCGGUACACGGCCAAUGGCUCCAAUUUCAACACCUCGCACAUCUUUGAGCGGACGACUGCGCUGCCGCCUGGCAAGAAGCUUACUUCCAUCACUCUGCCGGACAAAAAUAACGCGACCGAGGGCCGGCUUCACGUCUUCGCAAUUACCCUGUGGCAGCAAGCUGCAGAUGUGGCUGUCCAGUCGGUUAGACCGACGCAGAAAUGGAUUGGCAACGGAACGCAGGUUGUGGAGGUCACUGUCAACAAUGCCGGGUCGAAGUGCGUCUCUGGCGAAGGCCUCAAGAUUACAGUCUCUGGAGACGGGUUCAUCACUACGAGCCCUGGGCACUUGAAGCGACUGUGCCCAGGAGACCAGAAGGUUGUCGUCGUUGGCGUCAAUGGCGCAUCGGCCGGCCCCGUCCACGUUGCCGUCCACGUCGACGACGGCAGUGUCCGAAAGAAGACUCCUUUUGCCGACGUUGAAAUCGGCUUGAAUGAAUGGACUGCGGACAGCGACAGCCUCUCGAAGCACGAGAGCCCAGAGUGGUUCGACGAUGCUAAGUAUGGCAUCUUCAUUCACUGGGGCCCGUACUCCGUCACAGGUUGGGGCAACUCUACUCCGUAUGAGAGCUACGCCGAGUGGUUCUGGUGGUACUCUACCCACCACCCCGAAGGCGAUCGCUCCAACUUUUAUCAAUACCGUCUUGACACGUACGGUCCUGAUUGGGCUUAUGAUGAUACCUUCCCAGAGUUCAACGCAUCUAAGUUUGACGCCAAGGAGUGGGUUGACCUCUUUGCUGACGCUGGCGCAAAGUACUUCGUCCUCACGACCAAGCAUCAUGACGGCUUCGCCCUCUUCGAUGCAGGAGAGACAUCCAACCGCUCCUCAAUCCACUACGGUCCCAAGCGCGAUUUGCUGAAGGAGCUCUUUGAUGCUGCGAAGACUUACCAGCCGGACCUGAAGCGAGGUACCUACUUCUCACUUCCCGAGUGGUUCAACCCGGACUUUGGCCCCUACGGCUUCGUUCAGUUCCCAACGCCUUCAGCUGUCUCCUGGCCCGGCGUGCUGCCGUCCAACCCGUACACCGGCGAGCUCGAGCCCUACACUGGCCGCGUCCCCGUCAACGACUUCAUCACCGACCUGAUGGUGCCCCAAAUGGAGACCCUGGCCUACGACUACGGCACGGAUAUCAUGUGGUGUGACUGCGGCGCUGCAAACGGCACGCAAGAUUUCGCGGCGACUUGGUGGAACAAGGCCCGCGCAGAGGGCCGACAGGUCGCCAUCAACUCCCGCUGCGGCAUCUCGGAGGCGGCUGACUUUGACACGCCCGAGUACCAGACCUUUGCAUCCGCGCAGCGUCGCAAGUGGGAGAGCAACCGCGGCAUGGACCCGUACAGCUAUGGAUACAACCGCGCCACAAAGGCCGAGGAGUACAUGAACGCCACUACGAUUGUGUACUCCCUCGUCGACAUGGUUUCUAAGAACGGCAACUUCUUGCUGGACAUUGGCCCCAAGGCCGACGGCACCAUCGUCCAAGCUGAGAUGGACAACCUGCGUGAGGCGGGCAAGUGGAUCAAGGCCCAUGAGGAGGCCAUCUUCAACACCACGUACUGGUUCGUGCAGAGCGAGAUCGUUGGAGGCCCUGAUGUAAGGUUCACCCAGACGGAUGAGGCUUUCUACACGGUCUUCUUGGAGGAGCCUACGGUGGUCGACGGCUGGGUCUCUAUCAAGGCACCGGUCCCUGUCGUUGAAGGAGAUACUAUCAGCCUACUGAGCGUCGAGGGUGCUGAGGACCUUGAGUGGGAGGUCAGCGGGUCAGGAGCUGGCACUGAGUUGAAGGUCAAGGUUAAUGAGACCCUUAUCGAGGCAGAUCAGUUCGGUUGGGUGUUCAAGGUUCUCUACGCGGCAUGAUUUUAGUUGCCAACAACUGGAAAGCCCCCAUCCACCCAGCACGUUAGUAAUUGAGUUGAAUGGAAGUAAAUCGUACCCAGAGGAUCGAAAAUUGGAUAGCCUGUGCCGGGAGUAAAAGU